GAGCGACCGCCGCUGUCCGCCGUCUGCCGUCUGAUCGUGAGCAAUGCGAUUCUGAAUUGCAUUCGGAUCGAAUCUCUAUCUCAGUUCGACAAUCAAUCAAUCGCAAUCGCAAGUUGAUAGCCGCUGGGGAGGUGUCCUUAAGUGUCUCCUCCUCAAGUGUCCUUAAGUGUGAGGAAACAAAAGAAAUCUCAAAUCUCAAAAUCGUGAAAAAUACAUAAAUUUUUGAAACUUUUAAUAAAGUGUGACAAAGUUCGUAGACACGGCAAAAUGCAGCUACUCAAUUUGAUGUGCCUUAAACAUAAGGUUGCGCACAUCGCCAACAACAACAACAACAACAACGAGAGCUUCGGCGAUAGCAAACCAAGUGCGGGAGCAAACGAAUCAGUUGCAGAUCCCAGAGAUAGCCGCAUAUUUGGUUGCUUUGCCAAGAAGAAGGAGCAGCAGCAGCGCCAGGAGGAGGAGGAGCGUGAACAGCAGCAGGAGCAGGAACAGCCGCAGCCAGGAGUCGUCAGAGAAAGUUCCCAUUCGGGCAGCUACAACGUGCAGCAGGAGCAGAAACGAUCCAGCGUAAGCCUAGCCGCAGGAUAUCCAUCCAUCUAUCGGCAGCAGGACGAGGAAUUCCAUCCCAGGCAGGAGAAGGAGAAACCGUCUGACCAAAAGAGAGACAGUUUCGUGAUCAGUAAGCAACCAAAACCCAGAGCCAGGCAGCCACAUCCACAGCAGCGGUCGCAGAGCCAACCGGCGAUAUCACAGCAGCCCCGCAGACGUCCAGGCACACCACCACCGCACGCCGCCGGCACCGCCAAGAGCAUGACCUCCAUACCCGCCACCCUGUCCAGCAACAAUGUGGCCGCCGCCGCUGGAGCGGCCAAUGUGCCCGAGAAGCAGCCGUGGCCCAACUCCAAGGACGACUACGAGCUGCGGGACGUGAUCGGUGUGGGGGCGACAGCGGUGGUGCAUGGCGCCUACUGCAUACCGCGCAACGAGAAGUGCGCCAUUAAGCGGAUCAAUCUGGAGAAGUGGAACACGUCGAUGGACGAGCUGCUCAAGGAGAUCCAGGCGAUGUCGUCGUGCAACCACGAGAACGUGGUCACCUACCACACAUCGUUUGUGGUGCGCGAGGAGCUGUGGCUGGUGCUGCGCCUGCUGGAGGGCGGCUCCCUGCUGGAUAUCAUCAAGCACAAGAUGCGGACGUCCAACUGCAAGCCGGGCGUCUUCGAUGAGGCCACCAUUGCCACGGUGCUGAAGGAGGUGCUCAAGGGCCUGGAGUAUUUCCACUCCAACGGGCAGAUCCAUCGCGACAUCAAGGCGGGUAACAUCCUGAUCGGCGACGACGGCACCAUCCAGAUAGCCGAUUUCGGUGUGAGCGCCUGGCUGGCCACGGGCCGGGAUCUGUCGCGCCAGAAGGUGCGCCACACCUUCGUGGGCACCCCCUGCUGGAUGGCCCCGGAGGUGAUGGAGCAGGACCAUGGCUACGACUUCAAGGCGGACAUCUGGUCGUUUGGGAUCACGGCCAUUGAGAUGGCCACCGGAACGGCGCCGUAUCACAAGUACCCGCCGAUGAAGGUGCUCAUGCUGACGCUGCAGAACGAUCCGCCCACCCUGGACACGGGCGCCGAUGACAAGGACCAGUACAAGGCCUAUGGCAAGACAUUCCGCAAGAUGAUCGUCGAGUGCCUCCAGAAGGAGCCCUCGAAACGGCCCACUGCCAGCGAGCUGCUGAAGCACGCCUUCUUCAAGAAGGCCAAGGACCGCAAGUACCUCACCCAGACGCUGCUCCAGACCGGCCCCAGCAUGGAGACGCGAGUGCACAAGGCGGCCAAGCGUCAGCCGGGCGCCUCCGGUCGCCUCCACCGCACCGUCACCGGCGAGUGGGUGUGGUCCAGCGAGGAGGAGGACAACGGCGGCACCAGCGGCGGUCGCAAGCAUCCCUCCUCGGACUCUGAUUCGGAGGAUCGGCCCAUGAACCGACUGGAGCGGGCCGACUCCUCGGACAGCGAUCGAGAGGAUCCCUCGCCCGAGAUCACGCACAGCGUCUCCUCGACAACAGUCACGCCCGGAACGGCCGCAGCAGGUGCUGUGAAUGCCGCCAGCGCCGCUGCUGCAGCCGCCGCCGCCGCCAGCAGCAGCACCCAGGAGGUGACGGCGGGCCUGGCCCAGAUGCCCCUGCCCAGCGAAGAGCGGGGCGGCGAGGAGGCACCGCCCGUCAAUCUGGUGCUGCGUAUGCGCAAUCUGCGCCGCGAGCUGCACGACAUUCGCUUCGAGUUCAUGGUGGGCAAGGACACGGCCGAGGGCAUUGCCACCGAACUGGUGGAUGCCGGCCUAGUGGACGCCCUGGACACACAGCCGAUGGCCCAGCAUCUGGACCAGCUGAUAGCCCAGUGUGCCACCAUGAAGACGAUCACGUUCCAGCUGAGCUCGGGCGUCCAGCCCGGCGAGGUGCCCGACGAGCGCUCGCUGGUCGGCUAUGCGCAGAUAUCCAUCACGGACUAGGACUAGGACAAGGACGGGCUGUCCGGCGGCCCAGUGCCUUAAAUCCAGCUCUACACCCAGCUCCUACCGUUCGCUCCAUCCCUCAACCCACAACACGCAAUCCUCGCCACAAACACCGCCACACCACCCCCGCCCCCGCCCCCAAUCAAGCGCCAGUCUGAUACGUACGGCCAGAGGGCUAACCAGGAGUGGACCGUUGCUGCUUUUAGCACUAGACUAGAACUAACUGUACAUGCUAGUGAUAGAUGUUAACGCGAGCCGAUCGUUUUACUAUAGAAAUUUAUCGAUGUAUACACAUGUGUAUCGUCUUUAUAUA